AGUUCAAAUCUCCCAACCAACAGACCAAACAAUGCUGGGCCAGCCGAAUGUGAAAGCUAAUGAAAUAAUUCUCCAACUCUGCUUCUUAGAACAAUGCGGACUGUGCAUCAGCAGAGCUGGGUUUUCAUUACAGCUGUAAUCCAGUAUUAUCGCUUUGCAUCACGCUGGAAAUAUUUUGUAAAUAGCCCUGGCACUAUUCUCCUACUCCCGUUCAGUAUAAAUGUAACCAGGAGCCAGACGGCCUUUACUGGAACAAGCGGGUACUGGCAUACGGGAAUAAAACAUCAGUGUAACAAUGGCAUCUGACCAUCAGGCUCCAGCCACAAAACAACAGCAAGCUAGCUCAAAGAUUGUCGUCUUUGAGCAAGAAAACUUCCAAGGUCGCUGCCAUGAACUCAGUGGACCCUGUACCAACCUAAAAGAAGCUGGUAUGGAGAAAGUUGGCUCAGUCCUUGUGCACUCUGGACCCUGGGUAGGAUAUGAACAACUGAACUGCAAGGGAGAACAAUUUGUCUUUGAGAAGGGAGAAUAUCCACGAUGGGACUCCUGGACAAAUAGCCGAAAAACCAACAACAUCUCUUCCCUGAGACCAAUCAAAGUGGAUAGCCAGGAACAUAAGAUUGUCCUUUAUGAAAAUCCAAUUUUUUCUGGGAAGAAGAUUGAGAUAAUCGAUGAUGAUGUCCCAAGCUUUCACGCUCACGGCUACCAGGAAAAAGUGUCAUCCGUCAAAGUUCAAAGUGGAACGUGGGUUGGCUAUCAGUACCCAGGUUACAGAGGUUACCAGUACCUGUUUGAGAAGGGGGAUUAUAAGGACAGCUCAGAUUUUGGCGCCCAGCACCCCCAGAUCCAGUCUGUGAGGCGCAUCCGUGAUAUGCAGUGGCACCAGAGGGGAGCCUUCCACCCCGCCAAUUAAAAGAAAGAUUUCCUCUCCCCAGUGCCACUGAAGAGAAAGAGAUACCGGAAGGGUUUUACCUGAUCUGCUGCUGUUUUUCCCAUGGCAUGAUUACCCCACAUGCCACUGUGUGACUAAACCUGCUGAAACAAUUUAAUAAAAGCUUUGAGUUUUAAACUCCUGAUGA